GCCUCUUGGGUCACAGAGGAUCUGGCAAAGAUGAAGAAAUGGGGCAACUCAGACUCAGGAGAGUCUGAGGACCCAUCCCAAGAGGACUCCUGUCCAGACCCCUUGGAUGAAGACCCUAACUUCAGGCCAGCUCUAGUCAAAUCCCACUUCUUUCCCACGGCCAAGAGCCGCAGCCGGCUUUUUGGGAAAUGUGACUCAGAGGAGGCUUCCCCCAUGGACUGCUCUUACGAGGAAGGCGAGCUGUCCUCCUGCCCUGCCAUCACAGUCAGCCCUGCUGUCAUCACCCAGAGGCCUGGGGAUGGCCCUGGCUAUGCUAGGCAGCUGUUCCAGAACUGUGUCUCCGCGGGAGCCAAGAAGAACCUCAAGCUCUAUGACCGCAGGAAGAUCUUUGAAGCUGUCGCCCAGAAUAACUGUGGGGAGCUGGAGAGCCUGCUGCUGUUCCUGCAGAGGAGCAAGAAGCACCUCAUGGACAGCGAGUUCAAAGACCCAGAGACAGGGAAGACCUGUCUGCUGAAAGCCAUGCUCAACCUGCAUGACGGACAGAACGACACCAUCCCCCUGCUCCUGGAGAUCGCCCGGCAGACGGACAGCCUGAAGGAGCUUGUCAACGCCAGCUACACGGACAGCUACUACAAGGGCCAGACGGCGCUGCACAUCGCCAUCGAGAGGCGGAACAUGCCACUGGUGACCCUCCUGGUGGAGAACGGGGCAGAUGUCCAGGCUGCGGCAAACGGGGACUUCUUUAAGAAGACCAAAGGGCGGCCUGGCUUUUACUUUGGCGAGUUGCCCCUCUCCUUGGCCGCGUGCACCAACCAGCUGGGCAUCGUGAAGUUCCUGCUGCAGAACUCCUGGCAGCCGGCAGACAUCAGCGCCCGGGACUCGGUGGGCAACACGGUGCUGCACGCCUUGGUGGAGGUGGCAGACAACACGGCCGAAAACACCAAGUUUGUGACCAGCAUGUACAAUGAGAUCCUGAUCCUGGGGGCCAAACUCCAUCCGACACUGAAACUAGAGGAACUUACUAACAAGAAGGGGCUGACACCCCUGGCUCUGGCUGCCAAGAGCGGGAAGAUUGGGGUCUUGGCCUAUAUCCUCCAGAGGGAGAUCCAGGAGCCCGAAUGCAGGCACCUGUCCAGAAAGUUCACCGAAUGGGCUUAUGGGCCUGUGCACUCUUCGCUCUAUGACCUGUCCUGCAUCGACACUUGUGAGAAGAACUCAGUGCUGGAGGUGAUCGCCUAUAGCAGCAGCGAGACCCCUAAUCGCCAUGACAUGCUCUUGGUGGAACCACUGAACCGACUUCUGCAGGACAAGUGGGACCGAUUUGUCAAGCGUAUCUUCUACUUCAACUUCUUUGUCUACUGCUUGUACAUGAUCAUCUUUACCACGGCUGCCUACUACAGGCCUGUGGAAGGCUUGCCCCCCUAUACGAUGAAACACACCGUUGCAGACUAUUUCCGGGUCACUGGAGAGAUUCUUUCUGUAUCAGGGGGAGUCUACUUUUUUUUCCGAGGGAUUCAAUAUUUCCUGCAGAGGCGGCCAUCUCUGAAGACCUUGUUUGUGGACAGCUACAGUGAGAUGCUUUUCUUUAUGCAGUCACUUUUCAUGCUGGGGACCGUGGCACUGUACUUCAGCCACCGCAAGGAGUACGUGGCCUCCAUGGUAUUCUCGCUGGCCAUGGGCUGGACCAACAUGCUCUACUACACCCGCGGCUUCCAGCAGAUGGGCAUCUAUGCUGUCAUGAUUGAGAAGAUGAUCCUGCGGGACCUGUGUCGCUUCAUGUUUGUCUACCUCGUUUUCCUGUUCGGGUUUUCCACAGCGGUGGUGACCCUGAUUGAGGAUGGGAAGAACAAUUCCAUGCAGGUUGAGCCUACAUCACAUAGGUGGCGAGGCUCUAGCUGCCGCCAGCCUGACAGCUCCUACAACAGCCUGUACUCUACGUGUCUGGAGCUGUUCAAGUUCACCAUCGGCAUGGGUGACCUGGAGUUCACAGAGAAUUAUGACUUCAAGGCUGUCUUCAUCAUCCUGCUACUGGCCUAUGUGAUUCUCACCUAUAUCCUCCUGCUCAACAUGCUCAUCGCCCUCAUGGGUGAGACCGUCAACAAGAUCGCACAGGAGAGCAAGAAUAUCUGGAAGCUGCAGAGAGCCAUUACCAUCCUGGACACGGAGAAGAGCUUCCUGAAGUGUAUGAGGAAGGCCUUCCGCUCGGGUAAGCUGUUGCAGGUGGGGUACACCCCCGAUGGCAAGGACGACUACAGGUGGUGUUUCAGGGUGGAUGAGGUGAACUGGACCACCUGGAACACCAACGUGGGCAUCAUCAAUGAAGACCCUGGCAACUGUGAGGGCAUCAAACGCACCCUGAGCUUCUCCCUGCGGUCAGGCCGAGUUUCAGGGAGAAACUGGAAGAACUUUACCCUGGUUCCCCUUUUAAGAGAUACAAGCACUCGAGAAAGGCCCCCCGCCCAACCUGAGGAAGUUCAUCUGAGACACUUUGCAGGGUCCCUCAAGCCAGAAGAUGCUGAGGUCUUCAAGGAUCCUGCUGCUUUUGAGGAGAAGUGAGGGACCCCCACAGGUCCCUCACAGGGAGUGUGAGCCUUAUAGUACCCCACUGCUGUUGGGGUGCAGUGUGGGGAGCCCCAGUGCUCUUUUGGCUGCCCGGCCCUAUUGGCACCUGCUCAUCACUCUCUUAGACUACGCUGGAAAGACUGUGGGGACCUUGCAGGGUGUGUGGGAAGAGCUGUUGGUCCAGCCCACACUGACCUCAGGAGAAUCUCCUAACAGGAGGCCAUUUGUUCUCAAGUUUUUACUAACUUGAUCAAACAUCGGCAGUGAUCAAUCUCUCCUUGGCCAUGCGAUGCCCCUGUUUUCUUCCAUUUUAUAUUACUGGGAAUAGAUAAAUGGAGACCAGGAAAACACCUUCUAGAACAGGACACUUCCUUGGAUGUAAAAUUCUGAACCCCCCUCUCCCUAUUGAGCUUAUUAUGCCGUUUUUGAAAGUGGUUUGGGCCUUGGUGUCGUUUACUCUCCUAAGAAGGUGGGGGGGGCUGGCUCCAUCCCCAACUCUGCCACAACCAGGUUUUCCCAGUGACUUCACCCUUCCAUGUAACACCUCACAGUUCCAAAAAGAUUAGUUCUGUUGCUGUUUAAAUAAAAGUAUGAAACCAUGUCCCCAAACCACAUGGGAAGGAUUUUUUACUCAUCCUCAAUUUGUAGUGAAGACUUAGUCUCGUAGUGACACAAUAGUGCUGUUCCCCUGCAGUGGUCCACACUUCCGCCUCUGUCCAUCGUGUCACCCAUCAAAUAAAUAAAACAACCA